AUGGUUGUUACAUUUCCCAUAGAGACGCCAGCCCAAAGGCAGGUCCUCGGUGUAGCCAUCGCUUUCUCCAUUCUAGCCGUGGUAGCAGUAAGUCUGCGACUGCUAUCUCAUCACCUUGCGAAUAAAAAAUUGAUACUGAGUGAUUAUUUCAUAAUCGCCGCCGGUGUGAGUAUUUGCCAAAUCAAGCCAAAUAAAAUCAACUAUACUAACUAA